AUGUCUAAUUCAUCAGCAUCAUCCUCCUCUAGCUCUGAUUACGAGUCAACCGAAUACGAAUCAAUCAAUCGAGCUGUUUCACAGAUGAAUGCAGUUUUCAAUCCCGAGGCAAUAAGCGCUUGUCUUAACGUUAUCUUUGACGAAGAAGAAAACGAGAGCCAGGCAGCUUCAAGUUCUUCAGCACCCAAGUUGACUAGAAGGGUGAUCAAUCGAGAUCACCUUGGUGCUGCAAAACUUUUAUACGAUCAUUACUUUGCGCCUAACUGCACUUACCACCCGACAUGUUUCGUAAAAGGGGCGACGGAUGCUUCUUGUCGUCCCGGUUUUAACAUUUUCCAGAAAUUUACUUCUGCAAUACACCAGUUAGCGUAUAGCUAUAAGGUUGAUGCUUUGGACGAGUACUUGCAAAUGGCGGAUACGGGGUACCAGUGUUUAGACGCUUUUUGCAAGUGUGUGAUACACCUGUAUCAACGCGAGUACUUGAGAAGGCCAACGGAAGCAGAUAUCGAGCGGUUAACUGCUAAACAUGAGCAAGUUCAUGGUUUUCCGGGUAUGCUUGGGAGCAUAGAUUGCAUACAUUGGGGGUGGAGGAACUGUCCGGUGGCAUGGCAAGGGCAGUACACGCGAGGCGACAAGGGCCAUCCCACAAUUAUGUUUGAAGCGGUUGCUUCAUAUGAUUUGGCUCCUAAAGUAGAGUUUUCGAUGAAUGACCACCAGUUUGGAAAGAGAUAUUACCUAGCAGAUGGUAUUUAUCCUAAAUGGGCCACUCUUGUGAAGUCUUUCAAAUGCCCGAUGGACCCGAAAACCACCAAGUUCAAGAGAUACCAAGAAGCUGCAAGAUAG